UACAUCAACUCCACCAUGCAGUGCCUUUUGCAACAAUUCAACGCGCACGUCGGCUUUUGCAAGUGCACCUAAGAGUUUUGCCAAUAUUAUCCAUUAAUCAGCAUUAACUCGAAGGUGUGCCCAGGAGCGGACUAUGUCCGUUUGACGUUGAUAUGGUCAAAAAGGAGACUGCAGGACCUCUGACUUGUUGUGGAUUCCCAUCAAAUCAUUCGGCUCUCCCGUACAUCGCGUUUCCACAGCUGGACUGACGGCUGAAAAAUCCAAGUCUUUCAAUUUCGUGGAAGAGAUUCUCCCCUCCAUCCAACAUGCGAUUCACAUCUAGAUGGAGCUACGUGUUUAUACACUUAUUCGCAUUCUUCACCUACGCUCAGGUAACCAAUCAGUCCCCGCCUAAUUUCACGCAGCAUGUGAGCGAGCAGAGCAAAGUGACAGACCGCGUGAGCCGCAGGUUGAUCCGGAUCUACCAGCUGUACAGUCGGACCAGCGGCAAGCAUGUGCAGGUUCUGCCCAACAAGAAGAUCAACGCCAUGGCCGAAGAUGGAGAUGCGCACGCCAAACUAAUUGUAGAGACAGACACAUUUGGGAGCCGUGUGCGUAUCAAGGGAGCUGAGACUGGGCUCUACAUCUGCAUGAACAAGAGGGGGAAGCUCAUUGGCAAGAAAAAUGGACAAGGCCGUGACUGUAUCUUCACUGAGAUUGUGUUGGAGAACAACUACACCGCGCUGAGGAAUGCCCGGUAUGAGGGAUGGUAUAUGGCCUUCACCCGCCGAGGACGGCCACGAAAAGGCUCACGGACACGGCAGCACCAGCGAGAAGUCCAUUUUAUGAAGAGACUGCCAACAGGUCAGCAGCCGGCACAUCCCAGCCACCACCGACCAUUUGACUUCAUUCACUAUACAUUCAACCAAAGGACUAAACGUACACAGUACUCAUCAGAGCGCUGAGGAAUGAAAGUCGAAAAUAAUGGUCAGGAAGAAGAGAACCAGACAGACUGUUAGAUUUAUCAGGGGCAGAUUCAAUGCUUUCCUCUGCUCCUCUUAACUGAGCAAUACUAUAUCUUAAUAUGUAGUUGAUGUAUUAUUUUUUUUGUGUGGAAGACUGUAAAUAGACAAAAAUGAAAAUUCUAUUUUUGUACAUCAGACUAUUGAUUCCUGACUCAUGUAAAAUGAAAAAAGCAAAAUGAGUUUUUUUUUUUUUUUAGAUGCACAGAACUCGUUGACUUAUUGAUGACAAGUUAGUUGAGGGAUUUUUUUUUUUUUAUUCUGUUUUUGUAUUUGGGUCUUUUUUGUAUACUCUUGCCUGCUGCUCAAGGAAACUUGAAGGGAUUGAUCGCACUGCCAAAAAAAAAAACAACAACACACUUUUCUAUGGAGAGGAGUUCAAUAACCAAUGACCACGUUCGUGUGGUGACAUUGGCAGAUCAGCCCCCUUUCCAGACAACAUAUCAUGAGGGGAAACGCUUUGCUUAGAGACUUCAAACGUGGGGAGCUUUAGGAGAAUCUGGUGGGAACAAAGUAGCAGCUAUAUUUGACCACAGGUUUCCUGUAAUAACUGUGGAGUUGUUGUGUACAAAAGACGUAAAGGUGUAAAGAAACCCUGGGCAUACUCAUUACUCCUCUAACCCCUUCGUGCUUUGUCUCCUUUGUAUGUCUGUUUUUAUACAUAUAAAAUAUAUAUUUUAUUUGAUGUGUCAAAUAAUGUUAAGGAUGAAAUAUUUAUUUGAAUGUGUGAUGAAAUACUGAUAAUAAAUUCUU